AUGUCUGGCAAACGAGUUGCGUUUACGGGGGGAAGCGGCAAAGUCGGAGGGCAUGUUGUUCAAGAGCUGCUCAGGUAUGGGCAUGAAGUCAUCAAUAUCGACCUUACCAGACCAGCAGACUUGGACAUUCAUACCCUGAAAUGCGACAUCACCGACAGCGGUCAGGUCUUCAGCUGCUUGAACACACAUAUGCGCCUCGGGGAACCCUUUCCCUCUGUACCGCCGAGGAUUCCCGAUGCGGUGGUCCAUUUCGCUGGCGUCCCGCAGCCGAUGAUUGUGUCGGACGGCGAGACGUUCAGGACCAACGUCAUGGGCACGCACAAUGUAAUUGAAGCGGCGUGCAAAUUGGGGAUCAAGAAAAUCAUUAUCGCAAGCAGCAUCACGACCUACGGCGUGUCGUUUGGGCAGGGGAACAUAGAAUACCCGGCAUUCCCAGUCACAGAGGACAUGGACUCGAAUCCGACGGACCCGUAUGCGCUAUCGAAGAUAUGUGGUGAACGAGUCGCUCGAAGCUACGCCGCCCGAUUCGGCGUGGACAUUUACUGCCUACGCAUCGGCCGUGUCUUUGAACCAGACGAAUACGACACCGACAUGUUCUGGGGUUACGUCCACGAGCCUGAGAAGUGGUUCCAGCACGGCUGGUCAUACACCGACGCCAGGGACCUAGGCCAAAUGUGUCAUCGUGGGCUCGAGGUGUCUGGGCUGGGAUUUCAGAUCUUCAAUGCUGUGAACGACACCAUCACCAACACCGCAGAGACAGCUGACUUUCUGAAGAAAUGGUACCCGCAUAUUCCGCAUACGAGGGUGACGGCCCAGUAUGAAGCGCCGAUUAGUAAUCGGAAAAUCAGAGACAUGCUCGGUUUCAAGGAAGAACAUGACUGGAGGAAAUAUUUCACGAGAUAUGGCAAGACGAGUCUUGUUGAUGGACCGAAGAUUUCCCGUGACUCCUCCGCAACAUAUAUCCACCUACGUUCCUCGCGCCUCGCGGACGUCUUCGAAGAAUUCUGCCGCCCACCAUCCUCCACUCCCUUCAUUGGGCCUCCAAAUGCCUCGAACCAUCAGCACCAAGGACAACAACCCUCCAACGUAGCGGGCGGACAACCAUCCUCCACGACAGGCGGCGUUGGAACCGGCAUCGGCGAUAGCUCCAUGACACAACUACCCGGCCACUUCUUACCAUUCGAGGAGAUCGCGCUACCUCCACACCUAAUGCCGCUGAACCCAGAGGACGAAGAUGACGUGGUGCCAGACAUGCAUGCGGCGUUUGGGAUCAACCGGGCACUUGGCCAGCAUCAGACGGACACUGGAGGAGGAGCGGGAGGACAAAUCAGCGCCGUCCCCGUGGGCGGCGUAGGCGGGAGCGGUGGUGUGACGGGCUCAGCUGAACCAGGUGGUGAGGCAAGUAAUGCAGGCGUGCAGAGGGAGCCGGUCUGGAGAGAUCUGGGGCUCGAAGGACUCGUGGCAGAUGUGAGGGCGAAUGGGAUCGGUCAGAGGCCCAGGGCCAUGAGAGAAGGGAAACGCACACCACUGUUACUUUUACGAUGA